GUGUGCGUUUGCAUGUUCUUUUUUCUCAAGACAAUUCAGUAUUUCGCCUGACAUUGCGCGAUUCGGAUUGGAGACAAAUCACGGAGCUAAAUCCCGGACCCGGACAUCCGCAGUGGAAGUGCGGGGUUUUUUUUUUAUUCGGUGAAUGGUGAACACAAUAAUUACUCCAAAGACACCUGUUUAGUAAGUGGGUCUUCGGUAAUUAUUCGGUCUAGUGAGCGAGUGCAAAACACAGAGUCACCAAGUGCAUCAUUAAAAACUCGCAGUGAUUAGAUAAUGGGAGCAGUCUUAUCUGGACACUUGGCCAACGUAUUUCAGCAGCCUGCAGAAGUUCCCACCAAGUGGAUGCAAAUAUAGAGUCCACCCCGACCCUGACCUUUGUAAACAACUUAGGGCUCACGUGCUUUAAAAAUCCGGAAUACCUAGAUUUCUUUUCCCUUUGCCCUAUUGGGAGUUUCUUAAACCUUUGGCAUGUCAGUUCCGGCGGCAGCUGCGGCGUCUGCCGUCCUGGACUUUGACGACAUCCUCGCCCAGAUCGGAGAAUUCGGGCGCUUUCAGCGGCGGAACUACCUGCUCAUAUGCCUGCCGGUUCUGUUCGCAGCAGCCAACAGUUUGUCGUAUGUCUUUACGGCCGGAUCGCCCACGUAUCGGUGCUUCGUGCCCGGCUGCGACAGCCCGGAUGAGCAGGAUUAUGGAGCGGAUUGGGUCUCUGUCGCGGUGCCCGGCAGCUGGAGCAAGCGGGGACACUUCACGCCGGAAACCUGUGACAGGUUCGUGGCGAAUGAAAGCACCCUCGAAGUUGAGCCUUGGAGCCCAUGGUCGUUGGGUCGGUGCUCCGCCGAGAACUUUACGGCGGAAACGGAGCGAUGCCAGCAGUUCGUCUACGGCAGUGCGGAGCGGACCAUUGUGCAGCAGUGGGGGAUGCAGUGCAAGGAGAACCUCUGGAAGCUGGCCUUUGUCGGCACAAUGCACUUUGCCGGUCUGGUGGUGGGAACAGCCCUCUCCGGUUAUCUGGCCGAUCGUUAUGGGCGUAAGCACGUCUUUCUCAUCUGCAUUGUGUUCAUGGCGUUGACGGGAGUGGCGCAGGCGUUGUCCUGGAACUACGGCAGUUUUCUGGUGUUCGCCCUGCUGAACGCGGUGGGCACUUCCGGCGUAUAUCCGCUGGCCUUCAUCAUUGGCGUGGAGAUGGUGGGUCCACGGAAGCGCGAGAUGUCCUCCAUUGUGCUCAACUACUUUUACGCGGUGGGCGAGGCGCUGUUGGGUCUAUCCAUCUUCCUGGCGGACUGGCGUCAACUGCAGCUGGUGCUCUCGCUUCCGCCGCUCGUCUGUGUGGCCUAUUUCUGGCUAGUUCCGGAGUCGGUGCGCUGGCUCCUGGCUCGAAACCGGCGGGAGCAGGCUGGCGCCAUCAUCCGACGGGCGGCGAAGGUGAACCGGCGGGACAUCUCCGUCGAACUGAUGGCCAGCUUCAAGCAGCAGGAGCUGGAUGCGGAAACGGCCAUGGAGGAUGAGGCCGAGACUGGAGUACUGGCCGAACGGAAGGACGACCGGAUCUGGCUGGCCAUCAAAGAGGUUGCUGGAUGCCACAUUUUGAUCGCCAGAUACGCCAUUCUGCUGCUCAUUUGGGCCGUUAACGCCAUCGUCUACUAUGGCCUAUCGCUGAAUGCGACCAGCUUGAGUGGCAACAAGUACCUUAACUUCGCCCUGGUCUGCCUGGUCGAGAUCCCCGGCUAUAGCCUCGCCUGGCUCUUCCUGCAAAGGCUUGGCCGACGUUUGGCCCUCUCCGGAUCACUCCUGCUCUGCUCCAUCACAUGUGUUGCCAGCGGCUUCGUCACCCUGGGUGCCAACUGGCUCGUCGUAACCCUUUUCCUCAUCGGGAAACUCGGAAUCACCUCCUCCUUUGCCGUCAUCUACACAUUCACUGCGGAAAUGAUGCCCACGGUCAUUCGGAGCGGAGGCGUCGGUGUCAUGUCCACGUUUGCACGCUUUGGGGCGAUGCUGGCUCCCUUUGUGCCGCUAUUGGCUACUUACUACGAACCGCUGCCUCUGCUGCUAUUUGGGGCAUUAUCCCUGGUUGCUGGACUCCUUUCGUUGCUACUGCCGGAAACCUUUAAUAAGAAGCUGCCGGAUACGGUGGAAGAGGCCAUUGCGUUGUGAAAAUGAUAAUGGCUUUUUAGAUGCCGAUUUUGGGGACAUUAUAAGAUUGGCGACCCAGAUUUUUUUUAUAAAAUAAUGUUGCAGAGCUUUACAAAUCCUCGUAAUAAAGUAUUUUAUACAAAAUGGAAAAACUAUCUUAGACCAUUCGACUUUUUAAGUUGUCAAAAAUAUGGCACACAUGAAAUACCAACAAAGCAAUAAGUGAAAAGAUACAUUCUACAAAUACAUGUUGACAGGGUUUUGUAAUU